UUGCAAUCUUCGCAUUGAAUGGAAUGGCACGGGCGCGAGACACGGCCAAUCGAUAGGAAAAGUCUUAGGCGCGUGCUUAUUAUCGGCUUCAGGUACCGGUGAUGAUGCCAUAAUCGGUCGGAAGUAGUGAGUGUAGGUGGAAUAAAAACGAAACGGCAAAAAGCUAACUCAAUGCAACCGAACUGAAUGCGUGCUCUAGUGCUUGUGAAAGUCAAUUGAGUCUUCCAGUGAAUUACAUAAAAUAAGUGCGCCAGUAGCUCUGCAUUGUAGGCGUGUGUGUGAAUAUUUUGAAAGUGAAGCAUAAAACUCGCAGGAAGCAGCUGCAGAAAGUGAAAAAAACCUAAUUCGUUAACAAGUGAACCGAGUGGUGGUGCAACAACAGUGUGACAACAACGUAAAUGCAUAUAACAGUGCAAUAAUAAAAGCAAUUCACCACAUAGUAGAUUUAGUUGGUUGUUUCCCAUACGCUAAAGUCCAGGAACACAACUCAUACAUACAUAUGUAAUACAUUGGCGUGGCUUUUAGUUCCAACGUACUCCGCAACUAUUAAAAAGGGCGUGGGAUACCCCUACACAAUCGGCACCGUCUGCUGUCUACUGCAUACGCACAUAGUACUACAUAUUUGUACUUGCAUAAACGCGCAGCGAUAAUCAGCAAUAUUGCAAUAAAACCACCUCAGCGGCCCGCGGUACGCAGUAAAUAUGUCAGAGGAACAAGUUAAGCUUGACGCCCACAAACAGGUGACCAGUCCAGAUGAUUUCGAAGAUCUCAGUCCAAUGCCACAAACGGCCGCCCCGCCAGUGCGACGACGUGGCGGCAUCUCAGCCGAGCCGGUCACCGAAGAAGACGCCACAAGUUAUGUGAAGAAAGUUGUCCCUAAGGAUUACAAAACAAUGGCCGCGCUCUCCAAGGCGAUCGCCAAAAACGUCCUAUUUUCGCAUUUGGAUGAAAAUGAGCGUUCGGACAUUUUCGACGCCAUGUUUCCAGUUACGCAUUUAAUGGGUGAGAACAUUAUUCAGCAAGGAGACGAAGGUGACAAUUUCUAUGUUAUUGAUCACGGCGAGGUUGAGGUGUUUGUGAAUUCCGAAUUGGUAACAACAAUUGGCGAGGGUGGCAGUUUCGGUGAGUUGGCGCUCAUCUAUGGCACGCCACGUGCCGCUACUGUGCGAGCUAAAACCGAUGUCAAACUUUGGGGCAUCGAUCGCGAUUCCUAUCGCCGAAUUCUGAUGGGUUCCACCAUACGCAAAAGGAAAAUGUACGAAGAAUUCUUAUCGCGUGUAUCAAUUUUGGAGAGUCUUGAUAAAUGGGAACGUCUUACUGUGGCCGACGCUUUGGAACCUGUACAAUUCGAAGAUGGCGAAACAAUUGUCAAACAAGGUGAACCAGGCGAUGAUUUUUAUAUCAUUUUAGAUGGCACCGCGGUUGUACUCCAACGAAGAGCUGAGCAAGGAGAUGAACCCGCUGAGGUUGGUCGUUUGGGUCCAAGUGACUACUUUGGUGAGAUCGCUUUGCUGUUGGAUCGCCCCAGAGCGGCCACUGUGGUAGCAAGAGGACCAUUGAAAUGUGUUAAAUUGGAUAGAGCGAGAUUCGAGCGCGUGCUGGGACUCUGCGCCGACAUUUUGAAGCGUAACAUCACGCAAUACAACAGUUUCGUUUCGCUAUCUGUUUAAGGCAGCAAUUCAACAUUUUAAGAGACUCCACAUUUACUUAGAUCGAAAUUUUUUGAGGUAGUAACUUUCAGUUGGGAAUAAACAUGGGAUUGUGUCACCUUUAUUAGACGGAAAUUAAAUCAACGGAAAAAUUAUCUACCUACUAUUACACACGUAAAACUUAAACAAAAUCAAAGACAACAAGUUAUCAAAAAAAAUUUGAAACAAAAAAGGGAAAUAAACAUUUUAAACUCAAUACAAAAACUGUGAGCAAUUGCAACGUGGAAACGUGGGCUGUUAAAAAUAGACGCAACAUUUACAAUUGAGAGAAAAAAGUAAACAAAACCAAACAAAACAAAACAAUGAAGAAAACACAGCUUUAGGCUUUCGCAUACUUCUAAUUGAUCAUUGCAUUCUUCUUGGAAACAACAACAACAAUUGCACUUUGCGCAACAAGCAUCAAGUAUCAAGCAUUUACAAGUUUAAAAUUGCCAAAGCACAAAAACCAUCACCGUCAGCGAGUGUGUGGGUUAAUGUCUUGUUUGCAUGGUUUUAUUGCACUCUUCGGAAAGUGAAUGUGUUAACAUGAUAAGGCGCGACAAGUGGUCGCAGCUAUUUGACGCACCAUACAAGCCACUGUGGCUCAUAAUAACUUACUAAAUUUUGCUGUUUUCCGAUUCUCAAUACUUUCAAAGCUUUUAGAAUGUACACUUAAAUAGUUUUAUAACUUAUGAAAUUUUGCUUUCGGUCGAAAUUCAAAUACUUGUAAAUAUGUAAGACUUUAUUUGCGAAAAUAUAAAUAUUUACUGUUACAAACCUGCAAAUGUUCAUAUGCAUUUUGACGUCAAAUUGUCAAAAAUAUUCAUUAUCGAUGUUUGAUUUACAUUUGUAACGUGUUAAAAAUUGUUACUAAUAUACUUACAUAUAUGUAUGUACAUGUGUAAACAUAAUUUCUGUGUAUAUUUGGCUUGCUAUGGGUUUACUUUACUUGGCUGAGCGCUCUUUUAGCAAUAAAUAACACAAUAAUACAAACAAUAUUAAAAACUAUGGACCUUUCCCUAUUUGUUGUAACUUGUUAACGCCCAACUAGCUUCCAUGUGUCUACCUAUUUCUAUCACACCGCUUUAAGUAAAUAUGAACUUAAAUGUUAACCGUAAACUUAUAUCCUAACGACAAAAUGCAUUUAAGACGGCAUGAAACCAAACGCCCGUUUUUAUGCUUUAACUGUAAUUGUUUUGAAUUGAAAAAUAUUAAAAUUUUGACUAAAAUGUGGAUGAAAUAUAGACUACUUUUAAUGUGAAACACUUAUGAAGAACCCUAAAUGAAUUGAAAAGUCGUUGAAAGCGACACACAAAUAUAUCAUUAAUUUCCUUUUUAACUAGAACAUUUUUUAAACUUGUGGCGCACUGACCAAAAGCCACAACGUUAGUGUGUUGAAACAAAAACAAAAACUAAAAUGUAACACUCCGGUAACGGCACAGUACUAAUUUAUAACAAUUAUAAUAAAACGUAUUUAAAGAUUCAUAAAAUCAAAAAAAGUGCUGGUGCGCUCUCGUUUGUAAACUAAAAUAAUUAUACAUCAACCUAAAACACGAAACACAUAAAUAUAUAUGUAUGUAUAUCCAUAACUUUGUAUAACAACAAAUUACUUAUAACCUUACACAAUUCUUCACACAACAUACUUACUAUUUUGUGUUAAGAAAUUGCGUAAAGAAUGCUGCAUGUUGGCCCGUUAGUUCUACUAACAUCAGCUAAAGCGGCGCAACAGGUCAACAAGUUGCUGCGUGAUAGGUAAAGCACCCGCCGGCGGGUUGAAGGUACAUACAUACAAUGCACUGGCAUGAAAUAUUUUAAAGUGAAUAAAUAUGACUAUCAAACGAAACGAAAUUUCUAUAUAAAUAUCUUAUAUUCGUAUUGGAAACUGACAAUGACUGAAGGUCGUCGCUUUGGCGACUUUCUGUCUCGCUUGUCUUGCAUAACUUUAAAAAAACCACAUUGGAUUGCUGUGAAACAUUCACCUAUAAGAACAACAACACACACAGUAGGUUAUAUACAUGCCAAUACAUGUGUAUUGUGCAAGAAAACUGAUCUAUAUAUACAUACAUACAUACAUAUGCAAGUUAAAUUUAUCGAACAUUUAUACUAUCUAAUCAUCGUUUGUAUUUAUAAAUAUAUAUAUGUAUAUGUAUAUUAAAUUGUGAACUGAAUUGCAUAUGCGAUGCUUGUACUACUGAUUAAACAAAGUGUAGCUACUUUAAGAUAAAUAUUGAAUACAUUUUAAUGCUUCGUUGCACACACACAUACAUACAUCAAUACAUACAUAUGUUCAUGAAAUAAAUAUAUACGAAUAAAAAUUGAACAAAUGCAUUGUUUCAAAAUUACCGUUAUGGUGA